CAUCCUAAGGUGCGGCUUCUUCACAUUUAUUUAACAGAGCAACAGCUCUAAUCUGUUGACCAUAUCAUGGUCGUCUCCAAAGAAUUGGAGGAUGGCUUCGAUUUGGAUAAAAUCGAUGCGGAAAUCAAAAUUGAGAAAAUUCGGCAGACAGCUUCGAAAUUAUCAUGGGAAGGCUUCCAUCAGGCUCUUCGCCGGAAUUUGAUGGAAAAACGCUUUGUGUUCGAUACAGAGGGGCGAAUUGACCUCCUACAAGCAAUCUCUACUAUCAGGCGUAAUCUCCCCGUGGACAAAAAUGCAGAAUUACCUGUGAAAUUGAAGCAGCUGUCGGAUAGCUUGGAAUGUGUGCUGACUACACAAGGCGGAACCACGCUAUUGAAGAAUGUGGAUACAUCAAUCGAAUUCGCGCAUGAAGGCGAUAAUGUUACUGCAUGCAAAAUUGGUUAUUUUGGGAAACCGGCGGUAGUUUGCGAUGAAGCGGUCGAGUUGAUACGGGCUGGUGAUUUUGGUAAACUGCGAAGCAAGAUUUUCACUGUUCUGGCAACAAUCCCCAGCAACUUGACAGUAGCUGAAAAGAGCACCUGUGUCAAUGCUCUCGACUCCUUUGAAGGAUUCUUGCUCGCAGCCAACCGCGGGAAUGCUUCUUUUGAGGCUAUCUCUACUCUUUUGUAUGGUUUUCUUCUCCCUAGAACUCCACUGAGACCAUCCAGAAUCUACUACACUGUGGAGCCCAGCUAUCUUGUCACAGUUCGAAGGCAGCAAUUGGAGGCAAUGGAUUUCGACUACUUGGAUUACAUGGAAGUUUCGGUAGUCUCCAUCGACAGAGAAAUUCAAAUGCCAGCUGGAGAUGCGCGCAAUCCGUGGUCGACAAUGUCCACAUGCAAGGCAAGUCUGCAACUUCACUUCUCCACACCGAUGCUCUUUAGCUACGGUAUGUGGCGGCGUCUAGAACGGCAUUUGGCUAAACCAGCUGCUGUGAAAGAGAACGUAAAUCUUUACCGAUACAUGAGCGGUUUUAAGUUCGAGGAACCCGAACUAGUGAUGCGCACUUGCUUGCCAGAACCGCACCUCCAGCACUGGUACACUGUAAACACGAGCUCGCUGCUGGAAGAAAAAGACUGCGUCAUAUCUGAAAUCUGUAUAGGAAAUGGAACUGAUCUGGCUGAGAUUGUAUCCAUCGUGCGAGCGCAAGCCAUCCACAACAGCUUGUGGGAGUCACUACUAGCUAUGAGUAGCGGCAAGUGGAAGAAAGAUCUGCCGCACGUGGAUAUACGAAUUGUCCCUUCGCCAGCGCGUUUCGAAUUGUCGUUGUGUGCAAAUAGUCGGAUGUACCUUAUUCGCAUCGAAUUGACUCGUGAGUUUGAAUGGGUCGGAAGCGUCGAGGAUUCUAAUGGCGAAAAAGUGAACCCAGAAUUGGACUCAAUGCUUACUACCAGAAUCAAUACAACCCGUUCGAUUCCUGUAGCUCUGGUUCGCGUACUCAAAGAGCUCGGAUGUCAAGGUGUCGUCACCGACAAUGGCAUCUCCAAUGCAAUGGAUAUCGAUAAUGAGACUGACAUUGUAUCGCAUUUGGAUAAAGUUGGCAAUGCUUGGUUGCCAAUGUUAAACAGCAGAAAACAACAAAAUAAGCCACGACGACCGAAAUCACCCGAGUUUAUCUAUGAGGUGCACGCAGUGCCGAUGGCAACUCGUGGUGGACUUCUAGCUUCGUAUAAGGAAAUCACCUGUGACACUAGUAGUCGACCAGCAGCAGCUGCUCGAGCAGAAGCGCGGACACAGCGGGUGCAGUCCGACACUGCAUUGGCUAUUUCGGACCUGGAGGCGAUAUGUCAACUGGCUGACAGCAUGGAUGACGAUAGCAAGACUUCGACGCCGUCUCUAACGGCUAGACCCUCGACCAGCCCAGCACCGCGACCCUUGGGUGGUAUCGGUGGCACUGGCCAGGGUCCAGGCAGUGGUGUACCGCAGCUUAGCCCACUUGAGACGGCAAGGCUUAACAUGAAGCAUACCGUGAGUGCUGCGGCUGCUGUCGGUUUAGCUUCCGUAUCAACAGAUGUCUUUGAGUUCGCCGAUGAUCGUUCUGUUGGGAGUGGUUCAGCUUAUCCAUCACCAUCGCCUCAGUAUACACCAUUCCCUUACAAUACUGUUGGUAGUCCGCUCUCGGCAACACCGUUAAGAGGAACCACAACAAAACGUCGACCUCGGGCUCGCAAAUCAGCCAAUAUGGGUGAUCGUGUUGGAGAUAUGUCGGCCGCUGCUGCGAAAGAUCCUCUGGGUGUAAGCUUAGCUACACGAAAACCCCGUGGCAAAACAGGAGUUCGUCGUCCACGCGGUUCUCGAAGAGGAGCGCUUGCCAUGACCCAUGCCGAACUGGAGAUGCAACAGAGGAUUCCGCCACCUCUGCAGAGAUCCUAUAGCGAUUACGAACCCAUGCAAAGCAUGAAUUUAGUUGGAACUCCCGCCUCUCCCUAUGUGGAUACCGAAUCUGAUGACGAAUGCGAUCCACCGCCACCACCAAAGUCUUUGACAAUGUUUCCAUCACCGGCUCCAAGUCAAGUGGCAGCAAGCGCUUCUUCUGGAGUGAACAGCCCUUCUCAGUCGAUGAGUCCUCUGUACACUGCCGCUAGCACACCUUCAGCAGUUCCCCCUCACCCUUCCCCGUCACCUCUUGCGGCAUCACCCUCAGUCAGUCAGCCAGCGCCUCUUCCUUCUCCUCGGCCUAGUCAGCCACGAAAGACGAGCCUGGAUGCAGUUGUGGGUAAGCUGAAGACACCAACAGCUCCCCAAUCCACUCCACCUGUAAAAAGAAGCGUGUUCAAUGAUCUCUAUGACGAUGGGACUGAGUCGUCGCCUCCACCGACAGAAGGUCGCAUCUCCUCAGCUUCCACAGUUUCAUCGACAGCGGCGUAUCCUGCAUCUACGAUCUCUGCAUCACCUGUCCCACCAAUCACAGUCACCACACCCGCAGCAAUAUCCUCACCGCGGAUUUCUGAGACAGGACGGGAUGCAUCUGUGUCCAGCGAUAGUAGCUCCCAGAAUCCCAUACCAAGUGUAAAGAUUGAAGGAGCAAGUAAACUUAUCUUGAAGAUUCCCAAGGGGUCGAGAGCUUCACCAUCUGUAGAAGCACAGAAGACAAAGUCUAUCCCGAUGCAGACUAUGCCGAAACUUGAAAAACAGGAAAAAAAGAGAGACAAGGAGAAGAAAGAAGGUCAUAAGGAACGAAACAAAGAAAAGUCCGAUGAAGCAAGAAGGCAGAAACGGAAAGCAGAAGGGAAAGACAAGGACCGUGAGCAUAAAAGGCAUAAGGGUACACCAUCAUCAUCACAGUUUGAUCCUGCCGGGAACACAACUUCAGCGAAGUCCGGAGCCGGUGCUCCGCUGACAUUUGGUUUUGUAGGAAGUCUCAAAAACUUCAAAAUACCGAAGCGUGAAGAGGUCAAAGACAGUCCCAAGGAGAAGGAACCUGCUCCUUCCACUCCCGUUCAGUCGGCGCCCGUUCAACCCCCUGCAGCUCUGCCACCCUCUCCAGCCACCACGCCCAACCCACCACCACUUCCACCAAAGCAGGGAAUACCAAGAAAAACCUCAGCACCAGUACCUCCACCGCCUAUGAUCCCGUUACCGCGUCAACCCCUCUUGUCAACCCCACCAACUGGACCUGCAGGUGGUCCUCCCAUGGGUGUUGGGCCACCGCGAAAACCGCCGCCACUUCCGGAUCAUCGCAGACCAUCAAUGAUUGGUGCACCCCCAUUUCGUGGCAGUACAUCUUCAAUACCACUGCCAAAAGGUCCACCGCCUCCUCAGGCUACACCGUCCUCUGGAGGAGGUACAUGGAUUCGACCACCUUCACACAUUCCUACACAAAGCAUAAGGUCACCAUCACCGGAUCCCAACGCAAUGCAGAUUGAUGAUGAUCUCAAUAGCCCAGAGGAUUCACUACGAAUCGCAGACGAUUGAGUAAUGCAUUUUUAGAAAAGGUUGUGCUGUGCAAACAAGACGGGUACAUAAUUAUUUUACCUUUCUCAAUGAUAAUUGUAAAUCACCUUUUGAAGUUUGUUUUUCUAUUUAUUUUCACUAACAUCUAACACUGAUUCUUUUUUUUGUAUAUAGUGUAGAUCCUUUCAUACUAUGAUAUAUUCAAG